AUGCCUAAAGAACAAUAUCGCGAAACAUAUGUCGGUAGGAAGAUUUCUCAUGUAACUUUCAAUGUAGAUAGUCCUUCUGAUAUACAACUAGCUGCCCAUAUUCAAGUUAUUACUAAGAAUUUAUACAGACAAGAUGGGCAAAGGGUGCCUGCCUCUUAUGGAGUUCUGGAUCGGAGAAUGGGUACUAAUCAAAAAGACGCAAACUGUGAAACAUGUGGUCUUGGAUUGGCAGAUUGUGUAGGCCAUUAUGGUUACAUAGAACUGGCUCUGCCUGUAUUCCAUGUGGGAUACUUUAGAUCAAUAAUAACAAUACUGCAAACUAUAUGUAAGACGUGUGCAAAAGUUAUGUUGACAGAUGCACUAAAAAAAUCAUACCGCCGUAAAUUCAUGAACCCAGAAAUUUCCUAUUUGCAUAAGAAAAAUCUUCGGGCAGCCGUCUUAAAGAAAGCAAAGACCUGCACUAAAUGUCCACAUUGUGAAGCAUUAAACGGAGUGGUUAAGAAGAGUUCUGCUGGUAUUUUAAAAAUAACUCAUGAUAAGUACAGAUCUAAGAAACCUACCGAUCCAUUAGUUAGGAGUGUUCUAAGCGAGUUCAAUGAAGCAAAAGAAGCCAAUAAAGAAAUUGUAGGAUUAGUUAACAGCGGAUUGAUAAUAGAAUUAAACCCAUUAGAGGUACAAAGCUUGUUCCGUCGUAUACCUGAUGAAGAUGUUCCGCUACUGGGGAUGUGUGUAAAAAGUACGCGACCUGAAGACCUGAUUCUUACAAGAUUGCCGGUUCCACCAUUGUGUAUUAGACCUAGUGUUGCUUCAGACAUGAAGGCUGGAACGAAUGAAGACGAUCUCACAAUGAAACAAUCCGAGAUCCUGCUCAUCAAUGACGUUAUCGCCCGUCACGUAGCCAGCGGAGGCAAAAGUGAGAUGGUGCAAGAGGACUGGGACUACCUUCAGCUUCAUUGCGCUCUGUAUAUCAAUAGCGAAAUGUCGGGCAUACCAUUGUCUAUGCAGCCGAAGAAACCAGGACGAGGUUUGGUUCAACGUUUAAAGGGAAAACAGGGUCGAUUUCGUGGUAAUCUCUCGGGGAAACGAGUUGACUUUUCCAGCAGAACUGUAAUCUCACCAGACCCUAAUUUGCAAAUUCAAGAGGUUGGCGUACCUGUCCACGUGGCUAAAAUUCUCACCUACCCAGAACGGGUAUUCCCCGCUAACUUGCAAUGGCUGCGGAAGCUUGUCUGCAACGGCCCGGACGUUCAUCCGGGUGCAAACUACGUGCAGCAACGCGGCCAUAGCCAUAAAAAGUUCUUGAAGUACGGCAAUAGAGAGAAGAUCGCUCAAGAAUUAAAAUGUGGAGAUGUUGUAGAGCGACAUCUAGUGGACGGUGAUGUCGUGUUAUUCAACAGACAGCCGUCGUUGCACAAAUUGUCUAUUAUGUGUCAUCGAGCACGAGUACAGCCGCAAAGGACGUUUAGGUUUAACGAAUGUGUAUGUACACCUUAUAAUGCUGAUUUCGAUGGGGACGAAAUGAACAUGCAUUUGCCUCAAACUGAGGAAGCGAGAGCUGAAGCGUUAAUUUUAAUGGGAAACAAAUCAAAUUUAGUAACGCCACGUAACGGAGAGCUUCUAAUAGCUGCUACACAGGACUUUAUAACCGGUGGAUACCUUAUUACGCAAAGGGACACUUUUCUUACGAAGCCUGAGGCGCAGCAAUUGGCAAGCUGCCUUUUAGCUGGUCCUGAUUCCAAUAUGAGAAUAGAUAUGCCACCACCGGCUAUUUUAAAACCAAGAAAACUUUGGACAGGGAAGCAAAUAUUCAGCUUAAUAAUGAGACCUAACAAAAAUUGCGACGUGAACGCAAACUUGGAGACGAAAGGCAAAAAUUAUACGGGAAAUAAAGAUAUGUGUGUACAGGAUUCAUAUGUUAUUAUUCGAAAUUCUGAGUUGUUAUGUGGUUCAAUGGAUAAGAGCACAUUAGGUUCAGGAACUAAAACCAGUAUAUUUUAUAUUCUACUACGAGAUUGGGGCGAAGAAUACGCAGUUAGAGGGAUGUGGAGGUUAGCACGCAUGGCUUCAUAUUACAUGAUGAAUCGCGGCUUCAGUUUUGGUAUUAUUGAUGUGACACCCGGGAAAAAACUGAUCGAAGCCAAAAAUAAAUUACUUGAGUCUGGUUAUUCGAAAUGUGACGGCUAUAUCUUAGAAAUGGAGAAGGGUACACUGCAAUGCCAACCUGGUUGUAGUAUGGAAGAAACUCUGGAGGCUGUAAUGCUGAGUGAACUUAGCAGCAUCAGAGAGUUAGCUGCCAAAGCAUGCUUCAGAGAAUUACAUCCAACUAAUGCUCCACUUAUAAUGGCUCAAAGUGGAUCUAAAGGUUCCAACAUUAACAUAUCUCAAAUGAUCGCAUGUGUCGGGCAACAAGCUCUUAACGGUAAACGUGUACCCAACGGGUUUGAGGACAGAUCACUGCCGCAUUUUGAAAGACAUUCGAAGAUCCCAGCAGCGCGUGGUUUCGUCGAGAACAGUUUUUACACCGGUCUGACUCCAACUGAAUUCUUCUUUCACACAAUGGGAGGUAGGGAAGGUCUUGUAGAUACAGCCGUUAAGACUGCCGAGACCGGGUACUUGCAAAGGCGACUUGUUAAGUCACUAGAAGACCUGGUUCUUCAUUACGAUAUGACUGUUCGCAAUGCGACGAGCGAAGUUAUACAAUUUCAAUAUGGCAGUGAUGGUUUAGACCCGAGUUAUAUGGAGGGCAAAGAUAGGCCAGUGGACUUGCCUCGCGUGUUGGCUGAUGUACGGGCACAAUGUUUAGAUAGGGACGAGGAGCCAUUAGAUGGCGACGGAAUAUUGGUUGCAGCAGAAGAAACCCUUGCGUUAGAUGAUUUUAAAACUUGCACGCCGGAGUUCAAAACUGAAUUAAUAACUUUCUUAAAAACAAUAGCGGAAAAAGUUCGCAUCCUGCGCGCGAAGUACGCUUCCUGCGGGCUGGUAUCGAAGCAGCUGGAACGAUUGACGUUAACGCAAUUAGUGCGUUUCUUGCGUGUGUGCCAUGACAAGUAUCAACGAAGUGUAAUCGAACCUGGAACAGCUGUUGGAGCACUGGCAGCGCAGAGUAUCGGUGAGCCAGGCACCCAAAUGACGUUAAAAACGUUCCAUUUCGCCGGAGUAGCAUCAAUGAACAUUACCCAAGGUGUCCCGCGAGUUAAGGAAAUCAUCAAUGCUUCUAAGAAUAUUUCUACUCCCAUAAUAACAGCUGAACUUACUCAACCAUACGACCAAGAAUUCGCUAGGAGAGUUAAAGGGCGAGUAGAGAAAACGACAUUAGGAGAGAUAACUCACUCAAUUGAAGAAGUAUAUCUACCAACAUCCUGUUUCCUUCUUAUAAGAUUAGAUGCGGAAAGAAUUCGUCUGCUAUGCCUUGAAGUCAAUGUACAUUCUAUAGUUUAUUCUAUAUGCACGUCGAAGUUAAAGAUAAAACCGAGUAACAUAGAAGCGGUAUCAGAAUGGGCUAUUAAAGUUUAUGCAGAGCCCGCAAAACAUAGCGGAUGGCUAAACAUGGCGCUGCUCCAAUUAACGCGUCUACUACCCUCCGUUAUAGUGAAAGGCUUGCCUAAAGUUUCCAGGGCGGUCAUCGCUUGUGAUGAUACUGGUAGCACUACUAAGUACAAAUUGUGCGUAGAAGGUGACGGCUUGAGAGACGUCAUAGCUACACAUGGCGUGGACGGGAGAAAGACGACAUCAAACAAUAUUUUAGAGGUCUUCCAAACAUUAGGUAUUGAAGCCGCAGUAUCGACUAUUAUAAGCGAAAUCCAAGGAGUCAUGGCGGGUCACGGUAUGUCCGUAGAUCGGCGUCACGUGGCGCUACUAGCGGCCCAGAUGUGCGCACGCGGCGAGGUACUGGGUAUAACUCGGUACGGUCUCGCUAAGAUGAAGGAUUCGGUGCUUAAUUUGGCUAGUUUUGAGAAAACGGCCGAUCAUUUAUUCGACGCAGCGUACUACGGACAACGAGAUAGCAUAGAAGGAGUUUCAGAGUGUAUUAUUUUAGGCGUGCCGGCUGCUAUCGGUACUGGUUUGCUGCAAUUGCUGCACAAACAUGACCAUCAGCAGCAGUCUACGACCAAAUCGCUGCUGUUUGAUUCGCCUGACUUACACAAAUCUAUAUGGGAAUAG